UUUCACCAUUGGCAACCAGCGGUGCAGGAUCAUGCCACGCUCACCAGCCGACCACCGAGGACGAGCCUCCGAGCGCCGGGCCUCGCGUUCGCGUGACCGCUCGUCGCGCCGGCAUCGGUCGGCGUCCCGCAGCCCGAGCCGUCGAUCGUUCCGCUCGCCGUCGCAGUCGUCUCGCCACUCGCGCAGCUCAGAGCCCAAGCACCGCCGAUCGACAUCGCGGUCGCCGGCGCGCAAACGCUCUCGCCGAUCUUCGUCGAGCAGUAGCAGCAGCGACGACCACUCCAAGUCGUCGCGCCGUGCCAAGGCCAAGAAAGCCAAGAAGGCCAAGAAGGCCAAGAAGGCCAAGAAGCACCGCAAGCGCGAUGAGUCAUCCUCGUCCGACUCGGAGACAGAGCGCAGCGUCAUUUCUGGUAAGAAGAUCAAGCGCAAGAUCGCCAUGACGGCCCUCGACAAGAAGAACCAGCAAAAGCGCCAGGACUUGCUCAAGCUCUACAACGACAUGUACGACUAACAUCAUAUAUUGUCAUUGUCGCUGCAUCCAUUGAACUCUACAAUGGCUCAUGCGGCGUGCCCAAA